CACCGUGUGAUCAAGCGGAAGUGCUCGUGAGCCUUUCGGAAUUGAAGGCAUUUUCAGAUCAGAUUCGACAACUCGCGUCUCUGCGGCCAGUGUAGUGCGCACUGUUCACCGAUUUGAACGCAAACACAAUGUGCGUGUGCGUUUAGGGCACAACCGACAUGUUCCCGUCGGAUAGCCCGGAGCUGCAAGGCGGAUAGUCUGCACACGUCGUUGGAUUUUUGAGGGAAGCCAGUGUUUUAUCACUGCAUUUUCGAACGGAAACUCCUGGGUUAGUAAUUGUAACCAUUCGUAUGUUGGACGCAUAAUUGCUGCUACAAUUCAACUGAGUAGAGAAACGGAGUUAAGAGAAGGAACAGUGGACAUAGACUAUUCGAUUCAGUAGGCGACACAUCCAAAUCUGUAACUGGAUCUCAUGAGCGCUAACCAACAAGCUAACUAGCUACAUGGGACGUACUUUGCUGAAAUAUUCCAUUCCAACUGGGACGACUUCAUCAGUUCCCUUAACACGCAUACGCCCAGAAAUGCCCAGAUGGUAGACUAGAAGGCAAGAGACUGGCACGUGGAGAGAAAACACACCUUUGUGUUGAAGGAAAAGCAAGUAAUUGACAACGCAUCGAACGUGUGGCCCCUUUCGUCAUGCGGCGGUGGGGGAGGAUCGGAGCAGGGACCUCGCAGCGGAUUUCAUGUUUCGCAACAAUGUUAAUGCUCCUCAUCUCAGGAUUAUAGGCUAAGGCUCGAAAAAUGAGGACCGCUUGUUACAUUACAUUCUUACAUUUGUGAACACAGCUGUAUUGACUUAAUCUGAAUGCGAUUUAAUUUAUACUUCCGAAUUCAUAUCCAUUUAGCUGCCUAAUUCCCAAGAAGGCUACACGUUUUAUUGAGCAGCUAGAUAUAUUUUUUCGGUCCAGAGAAUUUGUGGAGCAAGCGCAACGUCAGUGCGUGCAGUUGGUCCAAUUAAUCCCCAGAAAAUCUACAUAUCUUAAAGCAAACGCAUUCUAUGCCAAUCUGCCACACAUUUUACGUUUUUCAAAGUAUUCUUUUUGCCCACUUGUAAAUGGCUUCAUUCCCAGACACCGACCUGCAAACAUGCCCCCUGUGCAAGGAGCUGUGCGGGUCUUCUGCUCCGAUCUCCUCCAACUCCUCUACCUCAUCGUCCUCAUCUCAGACCUCAAGUUCAUCUACCUCAUCUUCCAGAAGGCUCCACGUACUCCCCUGUCUACAUGCAUUCUGUAGGCAGUGCUUAGAGGGCCAGCGGAACCCCGGCGACCCACUGAAACUUAGGUGCCCAACUUGUGACCAAAAGGUUUCCAUGUCCGAAUCCGGGGUAGACGCCUUGCCAUCCUCAAAUUUUCUCUUCAACAACUUGCUUGAUGUUGUAGUUGCGUCCGAGGAGCAAAACAAGACUAACUGCAGAAUCAACCCACACAGUAGCCUUCUUCGACCACAUCAGUUCACCGAACCUCAGUGCAGUUCCUGCGAUGAGGGCAACCCCGCUACCUCACACUGCUUGGACUGCCAAGAGUACCUCUGCGACAACUGUGUCCGGGCGCACCAGCGGGUCCGUUUAACCAAAGACCAUUUUAUUGAAAGGUUACUGGAGAGCUUGCACAUUGGAGGCCGGAUCAACAACUCCAACACUCCGGUGAGCCUCUCCCAGUCGUUCCAUUCGACCUACUCGUUUCUGCCCGUCUUUCAGGAGCGAAUGGAUUUCUGUCAACAGCACGAUAACGCGGUGCUGCGCUUCUUCUGUGACAGCUGCUCGGUGCCCAUCUGCCGGGAGUGUAGUGCUGGGCGGCACGCCGGACACAGCUUCACCUACCUGCAGGACGCUGUGCAGGACUGCCGUUCCCUCACCAUCCAGCUGCUUGCUGACGCCCAACAGGGACGCCAGGCUGUGCAGUUGAGCAUUGAGAAGGCCAAGGCGAUCGCCGAGCAGGUGGAGCUGAAGGCCAAGGUGGUGCAGACGGAGGUGAAGACCAUCACCCUGCGCCACAAGAAGGCCCUGGAGGAGCGGGAGUGUGAGCUCCUGUGGAAGGUUGAGAAGAUCCGGCAGGUGAAGGCCAAGUCCCUGUACCUCCAGGUGGAGAAGCUCCAUCAGAAUCUGACCAAGCUGGACACCACCAUCGCCACCGUGCAGCAAGUGCUGGAGGAGGGAGGGAGCCUGGACGUGCUGCUGGCGCGGGAGCACAUGCUGGCACAGAUCGAUGAGCUGAAGGCCCUCCGCUGCCUGCUGCAGCCGCAGGAAGACGACCGCAUCGUCUUCACCCCACCUGACCAGGCGCUCUUCAUCGCCAUCAAGUCCCUGGGCCUGAUCAGCAGCGGCGCGUACGCCUCGGCCUCCAAAGCCCAUGGCGAGGGCCUGAAGCGAGGCCUGCAGGGCAAGGUGGCCUCCUUCACCGUGGUGGGCUAUGACCACGACGGCGAGCCCCGGCUGUCCGGAGGAGACGGCGUCUCAGCCGUGCUCAUGGGGCCAGACGGGGCCCUGUCCAGCGCAGACGUCUCCGACCAUCAAGACGGCACCUACACUGUCAGCUACCUGCCCAAGAGCGAGGGCGAGCACCUGCUCUCAGUGCUUAUCUGCAACCAGCACAUCGAGGGCAGCCCCUUUAAGGUGCUGGUCAAGUCGGGCCGCAGCUACGGGGGUGUCGGGCUGCCCAUGGUCUCCUUUGGGGGCGAGGGCGACGGGGACGGGCAGCUGUGCCGUCCCUGGGGCAUCUGCGUGGACAAGGAAGGGUUCGUGGUGGUGGCAGACCGGAGCAACAACCGCGUGCAGAUCUUCAAGCCGUGCGGCACGUUCCACCACAAGUUCGGCACCCUGGGCUCACGGCCGGGCCAGUUCGACAGGCCGGCGGGCGUGGCCUGCGACAGCCAGCGCAGAAUCAUCGUUGCAGACAAGGACAAUCACCGCAUCCAGAUCUUCACUUUCGAGGGCCAGUUUUUACUCAAGUUCGGUGAGAAGGGCACAAAGAACGGGCAGUUCAACUACCCCUGGGAUGUGGCCGUGAACCCAGAGGGCAAAAUCCUGGUGUCCGACACACGCAACCACCGUGUCCAGCUCUUCGGCCCUGAUGGCACGUUCCUUAACAAGUACGGCUUUGAGGGGGCCCUUUGGAAGCAUUUUGACUCGCCCCGCGGUGUGGCCUUCAACCAGGAAGGUCACCUGGUGGUCACCGACUUCAACAAUCACCGACUGCUAGUCAUUCGGCCUGACUGCCAGUCUGCACGCUUCCUGGGCUCGGAGGGAACGGGCAAUGGGCAGUUCCUUCGUCCGCAGGGUGUCGCUGUGGACCAGGAGGACCGCAUCAUCGUGGCUGACUCCCGCAACCAUCGCAUUCAGGUGUUCGAGGCCAACGGCAAUUUCUUAUGCAAGUUCGGCACUCAGGGCAAUGGCUUUGGGCAGAUGGAUCGCCCAUCGGGUAUAGCUGUUACCCCUGACGGAAUGAUUGUCGCCGUGGACUUUGGUAACAACCGAAUCCUCAUGUUCUAAGCAAUGCUGUCUUUGCUCAUUGCAAAGGAAGUGUAGUGAAGAAGCAUAGAAAAGAAGAUUUUUGGUACACACCCAUCAGGAGCAAACUUCACAAGAAUGGAAAACAAAUGUCAAUAGUAGAGUGGAAUCUCAUGUUCUACCACAAUUCAGUUGAUAAAUGCCUUUUUAGUUUGUCAGAGCUUAUUGAUGCCGUUUGCUCAGCGUAGCUGACAGAUCAACAGAUCUAACAAGCAGUCCUUCCUCUCUCCAUCAGGUUUGGCUGCUCAAAUGGGAUGCCAUUUUUGCUCUUGAUGUGUGUUUCAAAUCUUUUUUCUGUCUGAUUUUUUUCUCAGGGAAUUUCUUUCAUUCUUGAAAUAUUUUACUCUCUGCAUCAUACCUACCUCAUCUAGCUUAUGUAUGAAUGUACUCACAUUGUUUUUUGUGUGCAGAGACUUAGUCCAUGAAGUUUUAUAAAGAAACAUCUACCUCAGUGCUUUUUUUUUAGCGAGAGAAAACUACAAAAAUGAAGCAAUGUUUGAUUUGCAUUUGCACAGCUCGCACAAAUUUUCCCAGUUGUUAACUGUGCACAUAAAGCAAUUGAAAUACCCUGAAUGUUUCUGAAAACAAUGUUCAAAUUUACCAAGGUGGCAUGUUUUAGCCAAAGCAUGCAACCAUAUUUAGAGAUCUACUGUGUUUUUCAUGUUUUGUUUGUAGUUCUGUCAGUCAUCUGCCUCAUACCUCUGCAAAACAUUUUACCUCAAGACUACACAAUACCUCUACGGGUCCAGCUGCCUUUCCCAAGUGUUUUCUAUUUCAAAAGGAUUUUAUGAUGCAAAGUAAAGGGGCUCAGUCACACUUACUUGACUGGCUGUAUAUAGUCGAGACCAUUAAUCUCAAAUCUGUCAACUUAAAUGGCAUAUAAAAAGUAUAAUGUUAAUCAAGAUUUACUGCAAGAAUGCUGCAAGGAACCAAAAAAUGCCCAAACUCCCUAUUUAAUGUUUUCUAAAAAAAGAGAGAAUUGCUUUAGUGAAAAUUGCAUUUGUUUUCCAAAUUAUUUUUUUGGGGAGAAAUCUUCGUCAGAGGGCAUAAUAUUUAGAUAGAUUGUAACUGAUGCUGAUUUCUAAUGAAUUUACCGAUCCUCUAUUUGAUUUUUUUGUCCUACAGAAUUAGUAUCUUAAAUGUAUUAUUAUGACUGCACAACUUGAGGUGAAAGACGAUAAGGUGAUGUUUGUUGGAAUGGGCACAUUGGUGCUGGGAGGAAAAGAAAUAUAGGAUUUAAUCCAAACUUUGUCGGAUUUCUUAGUUGAGUUUUAGUUCGCCAUUGUCUGGGCAAAAUUGAGUUUUCAGACUACAAUUGAAAAGCUAUAGCCAAGUCCAGGCGGGAUCUACUUGGUGGUGGUGAGGCUUCAGCUCUUAGAGAAACAGUUCCAUUUGUCUUGUUUCAUGGGCUAGUUCCUCCGUGAUCUCUCUUGUGUGGGGUCAGCAGGUCAUGUUGAGGCAUCAGUAGAAUGCAGUCAGCAGAAUGCACCUCAGACUGCCUCCGCCCCUGAGGUAAUAGUUUAGGGCGCCUGGAGUGGAACCACUUGCAAGACAAAGCCAUCUUGUUCACUCCUUAUGUCGUCUUGACUAAAAUCAAGUUGUUCAUUGCCACCUAAAACGUAAUGGUAUCAGUAUUUCCAACAAAAGCACAUACAUUGUCUGAGGAGAAGAUACGUUUAAUUCCCAUUCAUGUUGUGGGAUACAUGUGACAUGGUUUGGACCACAGAUUCUCAGUGAGGGCACAAGGGAAAUCACUUGGAUCCACUGAGCUACUUGUUCACUAAGUGCUUGGAGCGUAGCCUGAAGCACGGUGCAAGUGUCACACUUUCUCAGAAAGCAGAAAUGUCACCCCUCAGUGUAACGUGAAAGGAACAAACAUCUGAGGGUCUGAAGUUGGCAGUCUGCAUUGUGAUAGUCAUCAUAGACAAGGUGAAGACUUGAAGACUUUCUUUGUUUUGUGUCCAUCAGCCAUCGGAACUGGCUUUGUCAGAAUUGAACAGCAUUGGAAUCUCCCAUUGUAAAUUACCAGCCUACUAGCAUUUAAGAGAAAUAGCUUUCCAUUUCUAUGAAGUUAAAGGACCUUGUCCAUUCCUUGUCUCAGUUUGCUCAACUAAUAUGUUACUGCUUGGAAAGUCAUUGUUGAGUGGAAUUACUUCUAUGAUCAUCUUCAGUAUUUAGUUGCAUAUACAGUAGUGCAGAGUAUGACAAGGUUAAGACACUUAGGGGGUACACAUAGGUUUAAAACAAAACAAACCCCAACGUAUCUUUAUAUCACUACAAUUCACAUUAACUUAAUCCAUGCAGACUACAGUGCUUCCUCCCUCAUUUUUAUCACAACACUUAUUCAAAUUGUGUUUCUGCUAGAAGUGUCAUGGUGUGCCUUUCUACAACACAAGCGUGAUGAUCAGCACUGAAUUAAACAUCUUGCCAAAAUAGUGACCAUACUUUAUAGCCCGUGCCAAACCUCUGGUCAAAUGAGUUGUGCUAGUGCGAUGAUACUCAGCUGCUGUUGAUGUCUGACCUCACAGAUCAUCUGUUUGCCUCAGUGUUACUGAAGACCUGUUAUCCUCUGACCUCAGUCUUCCUGCAGUCUGUGUUGUUUUACCUCAGUGGAAGUGAGGUUUUGUCUGUAAGACGGCCUUUUCCGAUGAUUCUGUAUGUCCCUUCAAGUGUGUGACACUGGAGUUCACCACACCCUAGUUACUGCAUUUUAAUGUUUCCUCAGGCUUAACUCCAGCAGAUGUUUGCAAGGUUCCUUGGUGAACUGAGGAUAGCUUCUCGACGCCAUUCAUGCCCGCGUAAAGAAAUCCCUUCUCCUUUAGCUCCGCGUCACAGACAACAGACUUGCUUUUGUAGAGCCAUAGCUGGAGAAAUCUAGUAGACCACUGAGAAAAGUACUAAAAACCAAAAGGAGCUUAAGGAUGAAAAGUGUGAAUGUGAAGUGUGUGGGAUAAGAAAGCGGCUGCAGUUGGCCUGUGGCUGGUAGCGUGCGUGUGAGAGGUCGAGCUUUUCACCCAGUGUUACCUGUGCUCAAAGUUGAACACAGAGCUGCAGAGACGCCUCCCAAAAGAUCCUAAGAUCUAUACUCUUUAAGAGCAAAAAAAAAAAAAAAAAAAAAAAACCUAUAUUUAUAUUUUUGCAUGCUUUAAAAGUCCUUGUAGAAAAGUGGAUUUAAAAAUAAGAAUUAAGAAAUUAAUAUUUGAUGACACUUUUAUGAUGUACCAAAAAGUUUGUAUGGUAGAUUGUGGUGGAUGGCUUUGACCUAUACGAUUGUAUUUCUCUCUCAUGAAUAGCUUUACAGAGCCCAAGAAGGGUACCUCAUUGUGCAAGACACUAGUGAAAAGGUCUUUUGUCCAUGAUGCCUUCACACAUGCAGUAGUCUACAGCUUCAAAAAUCAUGCUUUGUUCCCAACUGGAUUAUACUUAAAACUGCCAAAUAGUUUGCUAAAAUGGAUUUCCAUGGUUUGCAUGGAAAUGGAAACGUUGGCCCUUGAAGUACCUCUUUCCCCGAGCUCUGUUCUGAUGUACGGUGUACCUUCAUGUCAUGUUUUACCGAACAAUCAUCAGGAACGCAGUGUGCGGAGAUGUGUCUGUAACCUAGUUCACCAGUCAGUGCAAGAGCUUUGAAAAACCAAAAUGUUAACAUCAGUGCAGUGUAAGACGCAACGACCCACGGUUCUGUGCAGUCACUGAACACGUGCUCCCUCAGCUGCCCAUGGGCCUCUUGAUGAUGGAACAUCUUCUUGAGAUCACAAUUUGAGGAGGCCUCAGCCUAUGAUGGCAUCAGGUUCAUUUGAACAUUUAUCUCCAUCAAUGCUGAUGAGUAUCAGCCCCCUGCAUAUUACAACAUAGAUAUACUAAUUGGGUCUCUGAUGUUUUUCCUUUAUGGGUUUCUUUCCCCAUUACAAACUAUUUUAGCCCGUUUCUGACUAACACACACACUCACGCACACAUCUUCUCAGAAGUGCAUGGUCCAAGACCCAUUUUAAUGAUUGUAUUGUCUUCUGAUGUAUACACAUGUAAGAACAACUCAGGUAGCUUUCUAGAGAUUAAAAAUCCAAAUCCAAUGUUUGUUUCCCGCCAUUUUAUAGUGAAUCCGCUGUUAGUACUUUUAGUAUCUGAUCUGUGUGUGUGUGUAUGUGUGUGGAAGUACAUUUGUCUUGAUCCAUCUGUUUAAAAAAAAAAAAAAAGAAAUUUGCUGUUUGUGAAAUUUCAAAGGAUCCCCUCAUGUUUUAUUUCCAUUGAACUGUUUAAAGAAAAGAUUAAGCGACACAUAAGAUUUGACCAUUUUGUAGAAGUUCACCUUUAUGUCAGCUUCUCAAAGCCACAGAGAAAUGAUGGUGGGAUAUUCUUUCCCCUGCUUUCCCCAUUCUCUCAAAGGAAUCCCUCAAUUUCUCAGGAAACUAAUUGGCACAAUUUCUGUUAUCAGCAGCCAAUCAACCCGACCAAAGAAAGAAAAGUUCUCAAGUCUUGGUUUGCCUUCAAAUAAGUCAGAAAUGCCUUAAAAAUCCUUAAAAUGAAUCAUCUAUAUGAACCACCUCCUCAAGCAAUGCAGUGAGCAUGUCACUCCCUAAAAUGUUUUCUCCUUUGGUCCUGCCAUCACAAUUGGACUAAGAAUCCCACUGCCAUUUUCUGUUGUGUGUGAUUGUGGUUUUGACUGCUGUUUCAGGCUCCGGGGUCAAAGGGUAGAUGUGUGGAGAAGGACGGAUGGUUUAUGGUAGAGGUACUCCAAGAGCCCCUCUCUCUCCUCUCUCUCCUCUCUUGACUCCACUCCUCUCCCCUCACCCCUGCUUUCUCAACUGUUUGGUGUAAUGUCAGUGUUUUCAAAAAAAAAUCUGAUGAGAGACUAAAAUACUAUGUGGCCUGCAGUCUCGGUCUCUGGUCUUGGUGGACUUUAAACAUUUCCUAUGCAGUUUUUGAUUUUAUGUACUGUUGUUUACACUUAGAAUAAAGUUGUACCUCUUGGAUCCUGA